AUGGAUUUUAAUAAUACUAGUUUGAAUGCAAAAAUUCCUACUUUAAGAUGUAAGUAUUAACCAUUUUAUUUAUAUUAGAGGCUGAAAGCUCUUUUUAACGAUAUAGAAAUCCUUUGAAUGAAUGUCAUCAUAAGAGUGAAUCAAAUUCUUUUGAGCAUAAAUAAGGAGAUCUGUAAUUUCCUAUUCAAUAAUAAUAUGCAUACUUUCAAUCAACUCCAAUAUUUCCAAUAUUAGGUUUUGAAUAUUGAAAAUUAUGUAGGUGAAUCAAAAAAUGAGUUUGUUGAAACAGCAAAUCAAUUUAUUAAGCAUGGUAUGUAAAAUAGUUUGGCAAGUAUGAUUUAACAAUAAAGUAUUGUUUAAAAUGAAUUCAAAUUAAAUUAAACUACAUAUGGAUGUAAAAAAAUAUGUUAAAUUGAUUGCAUGUUGGUAGAAAGAUAUUUUAAUCAAAAAUAUUGGGUAAUUGAUUGAUAUUAUUAUUCUUAGAUAUUCUAAAAUUCUAAUUAGAAGUAUAAACUUGAUUAAACUAAAAUAAUUAAUACUGAUUGGUUAAAAGCUAGAAUGUAACAUAGAUAUAAAUCAUAAAUUUAUGAUGCAUUUUCAGAAAUGAUAGAUUUAAUAUUCAAAGAAGGUGAAAUUUAAAUGAAUUCAAGAACUUAAGUAAUAAAAAUAUAGAAUCUUAAAGGAUUCUAAAAUUUAGAAAGAUAAAUUUAGAAAGCAGUUAAGGCAGAGAAAAAAUUUGAUGCAUUUCUAUUUGAAAUAUAAAAGGUUUUAGCAGAUUUUAUAUUUUCAACUAUAAAUUGA